AUGGUUCAGCCAACUCUCGUCGCCUCCAGGCUUACGCAGAAGCCACCUAGUCUCACAAUGCCACAGGCUGGCAAUUACCCCGUGCCACAAGACAAUGAGUCGCAGGUCGACUCUGCUGCCGAGUCUUUGGCGUACUCCCCCUGCUCAGAAAACGAAUUGGGUCAAGGGGAGAGAUCAAUUCCUGAGAAUCCCUUCGAUAGUGAAAGUAGCAGGAUUCUAUUUGAAGCUAUCGAUCGACUUCAAUCUUGCGGUGUCAGCCAGGAGGUGGCCAUACCCCAGAGCAACGAAGUGAGGCACAAUAGCAAUGGUAUUGUGGUGAUCUGUAGUGGGGCAAAAUAA